AUGCCGGGAUUUGUAACUUGUGGACCAAACGAAGCUUUAGUGGUAUCAGGAUGUUGCUUACAAAAUCCAACUAUUGUUCCUGGCGGUCGUGUUUUUGUCUGGCCAUUUUGUCAAAAGGCGCAAAAAAUCACUCUGAACACAAUGACUUUAACAAUAGAGAGUCCAAAAGUAUAUACACAACAGGGUGUUCCUAUCUCUGUUACUGGAAUAGCACAGGUAAAAAUUCAAGGUCAAAAUAUGGAAAUGUUACGUGCUGCAUGUGAACAGUUCUUGGGAAAAUCAUGCAAGCAAAUUAUGAACAUUGCUAAGGAAACUUUGGAAGGCCAUCAAAGAGCAAUCAUGUGCACCAUGUCUGUUGAGGAAAUAUACAAAGAUCGUAAAAAGUUUUCUAAGCAAGUUUUCGAAGUGGCUUCUUCAGACUUGAUCAACAUGGGAAUUACAGUUGUAUCCUAUACAAUCAAAGACAUAAGCGAUGAACAAGGUUAUCUAAAGUCCCUUGGUAUGGCUCGAACUGCUCAAGUGAAACGUGAUGCCCGAAUUGGUGAAGCUGAAGCUCGUAGGGAUUCACAAAUAAAAGAAGCUCUAGCUGAAGAAGAACGAAUGGCUGCUCGUUACGUUAAUGAUACAGAAAUUGCCAAAGCUCAAAGAGAUUUUGAAUUGAAAAAAGCUGCAUAUGACAUGGAAGUCAACAGUAAGAGAGCAGAAUCAGACUUGGCAUUCAAUUUACAAGCUGCGAAAACAAGGCAAAAGAUUAAAGAAGAACAGAUGCAAGUUAAAGUAAUUGAGAGAGCUCAAGAAAUUCAAGUCCAAGAGCAAGAAAUUCUAAGGAAAGAGAAAGAAUUGGAAGCUACUGUGCGUAGACCAGCUGAAGCAGAAAAAUAUCGUUUAGAAAAGCUUGCAGAAGCCAACAGAAAUAGGGUUAUAAUGGAAGCAGAAGCUGAAGCAGAAGCAAUUAGAUUAAAGGGUGAGGCUGAAGCUUUUGCAGUAGAAGCCAAAGCUAAAGCAGAAGCUGAGCAGAUGGCUAAAAAAGCAGAUGCUUUUAAAGAGUAUAAAGAUGCUGCAAUGGUAGACAUGGUUCUAGAAACAUUGCCUAAGCUUGCUGCUGAAAUCGCUGCACCUCUUACACAGUGCAACAAAGUAGUCAUGGUGUCAGAUGGAAAAAGUGAUGUUGGAGCCUCUAAAUUGACUGGAGAAGUUUUAGAUAUCAUUGCAAAAGUACCACAUGUAGUAACAAAACUGACUGGAGUGAAUAUAACUAAUUCAUUGAAAGUAGUUCAAGCAAAAACAUGAAACUGCUGUCGGUAAAUCACAAUUGUUUGAUUGGAGUAUAAAAGUUUGUCAUCUUAGUUAUUUAUAUGGUAGACCCAUUGAUUUGGG